AUGUACAAUGCAUCUAUUUCUGACUGGAUGACAGCCAUUAUUCCUCCAACAUUUAUGGCUAUUGGUGCACUUUACAUGCGUAUCUUUAGUUCUAUUUCUACUUAUAAUGUGGAAGAAGAUCGAAUAAAUAAACCAUUUCGUCCAAUUCCCUCUGGCCUUAUAACUAUUAAAGAUGCCAAACAUCGUCUAGUUGUUAUUAGUAUUAUAUUUCCAAUUAUAGCAUACAUGGUUGGUGGUUUAUCAUUGCUUUUUUUAAGUUUCAUGUGGCAGGCUUGGGUUAUCUUUAAUGAGGUGCUCAAACUUGGUGAAAAUGCAUUUUAUAAAAAUUUCUUUUCAGCUUUUGGCACAUGGAUUCAACUUGUUGGCUGUUAUCAUAUCAUCAUUGGAACUAAUCUUAGCAUGUUUAAAUUAAUAAAUAGUGAAUUAAACAUUUUUAAGUUGGGUAUUUGCUUUUUUGUAAUGACUACAGCUCAAGUUCAAGAUCUUAGGGAUCAAAAAGGUGAUAAGUUAGUUGGUC